CCCAAGAACCAGCUACUCGGGACAGGCGAUCGGUUUCAGUGCUCGAUCCAAUCCGCUCACGUCAACACAACACGCUAAAAAUGAAGUCCGCUGUUAUUUGCUUGUUCUUUAUCGCGACUGCAGCUUGGGAUGUACAGGCAGAAGUUCCCACCUAUUUGGAACCGCCCACUAUUGGAACGACGACCACAGAUGCACCUGUAAUGACCACCUUAGCAGAGGAGACAACAACACAAUCCUUUAUAACUACAACAACUGCGCCCAGGACCACAACCGAGUCAGCCCCAACUUCAACAACAGAAAUAUCCAAUCCUCCAACAACAGAAAUAUCCACCACUCCAACAACCGCACCAAGUACUACAACUUCAGCAACAGAGACCACCACAGCUACAACAACAGCACUCACCACAACUAAUGCAAUACAAGACCCAGCAACUACAACGACCGAACCCAACACAGCUUCUACAACCCAAGGGGAUCCAAUAUAUCCCAUAUAUCCGACACACAAACCUCCCUACGUGCGGCCUACGAAUUCAGGGAGACCUCCUUAUUAUCCCACAAACCCCUGGAUCUGGAACUAUGGCAAUCCGGCAGUAAAGUGUUAUCUGAAAAAUGUGCAGGAGUACAGAAGGGAUUAUUAUGGAAUGGUCUGGCAACCGAAGACAAUUUGUUACCACUGCUGCUACUACGUCCAUAACAGAAUCGACGGAUGCAAUCUAGUUCACCAGGGACCGUGUUCGUGGCACGAUCAUGCUAGAUGGAUAUCUUCAAAUUCCUAUGUGUAUUAAAUAAAACUUUUAAAAGUAA